CUUCUAUGCCAUUUGAAAGACUAGGUAAAAGUCUACAAAGUCUAGCCUCCAAAACAGUAGAGGUUAUUAUAAUUUUUUAAAAAAAGAAAGAUAUUAAGAUACUAUCAUAAAUGUUUAAAGUGCUGCCUGCUUAGUUUUGUUUUAGGUGCUGUAUCUCCAGCUGUUGUGGUGCCUUCAAUGCUCCUUUUGAAGAAAGAAGGCUAUGGUGUUGAAAAAGGUGUCCCGACCUUACUCCGGGCUGCUGGCAGCUUCAAUGCCAUUCUAGCCGUCACUGGCUUUAACACGUGCUUGGGCAUAGCAUUUUCCACAGGCUCCACAGUCAUUAAUGUCCUUAGUGGAGUUUUGCGGGUCCUAACUGGUGUAGCGACUGGAUCUCUUCUUGGACUUUUUAUUCAGUACUUUUCAAGCAGUGACCAGGUGAAAGAAAUAAUCUGUGAGAAAGUCAUGCGCUAAAAUGCCAUUAAAAACACUCUGAAAUACUUCCAUCAAAGCUAACUGUGAAGGACGUGGUUUAGAAAAUAGCCCCUCAGUGUAAAGUUGCUUGCUGCUGUAUCAGUGCCAUCCGUGAACUUUAUGAAGAGGACUAAAUGCAUAAGAUAUUCCAUGCAGUCUGAGCAUUUUUCUCUAAUGUAUAUUCUGUACACUUUAACUUUCACAGUAAAACAAAUUUAGAAAAAUAAGAUAUGCCAGUUUUUUUUAUUACACUUAACUAAAUCAAGAUAUAUAAUUUUUUUUGUCUCUUUUGUUAGUAUCAAAAUACCUUAGCUUCUAAUACUAUCCAGUAGAGAAGUUUUAACAUCUCUGUAUAAUGUAGUCCAAUAUUUCUUUCCAAGAAGAUCAAAGUUCUUCACUGCACAGAAUGCUUUCUCAGGGAGACACGAAAGUUUUGAUUCUUUUAUCCUCCUGAUUCUCUUAGGGUAGAUAAGCAUAUAGAAAUUUUUCUUUCCAUAGGAAUUGGUGUUAUUUUCAGAUUUCAGUGCCUUUUUAAUGGAGUUCAUCAAUAAUUUAAUUAAAAUAGAAAUUUAGUUAAGAAAGUUAGUAUUUCCAUUAUCAGAAUGUAUGUUGAUUGAAUUUUUAUUGUACUGUUCCCCAAAAAACUCUAAAAUUGUCUGCAGAAAAUGCUAUAAAUACACGAAAGAAACAUAUGAUUAUUCUAAUUAUACAACAAAUAAAGAGAAUAUGUUUCUUUAAUAUUUUUAUUAUUUACAAAUAAUAGCUUACUUUUUUGCCUACUGUGUAUAAAAUGCUGUGAUAAG